AUGGCCCCCAAGCGGGCCUCUGAGGACGAACCGACCCUCGUCCACAAGAUCCAGCGCAUCGAGCACGGCGUGUCGACGAGCCCGCCGCAGCCUGUUGCGAACAACGACUUCUCCACGUCGGUGAAGCGGAAGCUGGCCGACUCGAAGCGCACCGGACAGGCGUGCGACCGAUGCAAGAUCCGCAAGAUUCGCUGCGAUGGCCGACCGGAAGGCUGCACGCCGUGCGAGCAGAACAGGACCCCAUGUCAGACCACGGAUCGCAUCACCGGACGCGCCACAGUGCGCGGCCACGCCGAGGCCAUGGAGUCUGAGAAUGCGUACCUGCGCAGGCAAAUCGCAGACCUCCAGGACCAGCUCAAGGAAAACAACAUCGAGCCUCGCGCACUUCCCGCGUACACGGGCCUGCAACCUCCACAAUGGACUCCCACGCGCGCAAACGAUAGCCAGAGCUGGCCAGACCCCCAGCGACGAGCCAGCGCAUCGCCUCUACCUGGCUACAUGCCUGCAGGCGCACCAGAGAAGCCCGAGUUCCGCCCGCUACCCUCGUUCAAGCGUGGCUCGAUCGGCGACAACUAUCUGGGUGUAGGUACCGGAGACCAUCCACUGAGCCACAUUAGGGGCACCUCGCUCUCCAUCUUUGGCACCGAUAUCGACAUCACCGACUACAUAAAGGAUGAAGCUGCAUACAAUUCCUCUGUCAUGUCCUACUCGGCACUGGCCAGACUCGCCCUUGGAGAGGACCACGUCGAUCCAGUUCCCCUGCCGCCGUACAAAUCGCUCAACGACUACGCCACAUGGUACUUGCGCUCGCUCAAUCCGUACGUCAUGCUCGUCCAUAAGCCCGCCUUCAUGGAGCUGGUCUGGAAGUUUGGAAACGAUCCAAAUUUCAAGCCCACCCCGCCCCAGAUCGUCAUGAUCCACAUGAUGCUUGCCACGAUUCAGUACCAGAUAGCAGCAAGAAACAGCGCGCAAAGCGCCCUCCUCGACGAGUCGCACCGGCACUACGCCUAUGCCAUGAGCUUCUACAAACAGUUGCUACUUGGACACCACGAACUGCAAGACAUCCAAGCCUUGACCAUGAUCUGUCACCACCUGCGCAACUUUCCAAAACCGGGUCCCGCUUGGAUCAUGACUUCCAUCACCUAUCUCUUUGCGCUCGAACUUGGCCUCCACCGCUCAGUCAAGAAUUGGGCUGACGGUGCUGCAAAGCUCUCCAAUCUUGAGAUUGAAAUGAGGAAGCGCAUCUUCUGGGCACUCACUGCCAUUCUGGUCAAUUUAAACGGUAAGCUGGGCAGGCCAAUGCCUAUCAGUAACGAGGACAUUGAUGUCGAAUUUCCCGAACCGAUGAAGGAUUGUUUGCCAGAAGAGGAGGCGCAUCUGGAUCCCUUCCACCAGUGCUCGUUCCAAGUGGGCAUCCAGAUCGCAAAGUACACGGUCCAUGAUAUCGACCUGUACAAGACAAUCUACUCUGUGCGGUCCUCAUCAACAACAUACGUCGAAAGACUGAAGCUUCUCGAAGCUCGCAUCCAGAAGUGGAGGGAAGAAUUGCCCUACGAGCUACGGGAUCCCGCGCAUGCGUCUCCGGACGAUCAGAUCUUUUCUUUGUAUUUGGAAUACUGGUUCCAAGCCUACCAAUUGCACUUGCAUCACCCAGCAGUGUGCCGCUCACAGGAUCCCGCCAUCAUGGAGUCGAAUCUAGACAAGUGUCUCGAUGCGUCGCAGAAGAUGGUGCAGAAUUGUAACACGCUCAUGGUGAACAAAAGUCUGGACAUACCGUGGAUCAAUACUGUUGUGUACAUUGCAGCCAUGUUUACCACAUUACACAUCUCAGCUAUGCGCAAAGAACAGCUAUCUCCCAACGACAUGAAAAAGCUCAGGGGCGACAUGGAGGUUUGGGUCAAUGUCUUGGGCGAAUGCGACCACUUUCUGAGGAAUGACGACAACCCAUGUGGCUGCAUUGGCGGCGGCGUCAAGCGGCACACCACAAUCUGGGGAUAG